AUGAAAAAUUCCACAGAUUUUCAAGCAACCUCUCCUCGUUCCCAGCCCAUAUUUCAUAUUGAAAACAUUCCUGCAUCGGCAUCUAUCUCAUCAACUUCUCUUUCUCCAACAUCUCUAGCAGCAACAAAUUCCGGUCCACCUCCUAUUGCCACACCCGGUCGACACAGUAGACAAUCGUCGUCCAGUUCUAUCUACUCAAACAGUAGUUUCCAGACUCCAGCACCUCCUACUCCUAUUUUGGGUCACGAACCACGUGGACUCGAAUCUCGUGGACGUCAGGCGAGCUUAAACAACAGAUCAAGUGUUUCUGGCACUUCUUCAGGAGGAGGAAUCUCAACGACACUGGCUGGCCAGGGUCCUACAAAGUUCACAGGUCCAAUGUCGAGUGUAGAAAUCUAUGAUGUUCUUGAAAAAGAGCAAGAGGCUAUUGUCAACAAACUGCAGCGAGAGAUUAACCACCUCAAGACCGAGAGGAGCCGUAGUAGAUCCCAGUCGACAUCCUCGUCAUCUUCUAUGACUAGGAACCCGUCAAUCCGGUCUAUCUAUUCUGUAUCUGAUGCCGAAGAACAAUAUCCGGGUUCGUCAGCUCCUGCGGGCUCUGUUGCUACAGCUGCAGCCACCCACCGACGUGGAUCGCGUCCGAGUUUUGGUUCCGUCAUUGAUGAUUCUAGUGUGAUUAAUUCGCUACGUAAAGAAAACGAGGUUCUUAAGAAGAAAAUCGCCGAAUUGAGUAUAAAAUGUAAGUGUUCACAGGUAUUCUAA